AUGUAUGACAACAUCUCUGAUUUCGCAAGAUAUGAUGACGACCAUGACCCCGAACACGGUGAAGAAGAAGUUUUACAAACAUCCAUUAAGACAGGAAAGGUUUUAACUCAAAGUCUCAUUAUUGACACCAAAGAUGGCGAAGUGGACGUUCUUCAAGAGCUGAAGAAAAAUACUUCUUCGGGAGGUGGUGGUAGGCAUGAACUUGAAAUAAAUGAGAUAGAAGAGAAAUUAGCCGAAAAAGCAGAUAAAAACCAUGUUCAUUAUAUAAGUUCAGACGAACAGAUUAUAACGGACUACCAUGGAUAUUUAACACAGGAUGAACAAAUAAGCACUGAAGAUGUUAAUGAAAGAAGAUAUAAAUUCAUUCGUGCUAAAGGUUAUGACAUACGCUGUACUGUACAGUAUGACACAGGUAAAGCACCAGAAGCAUUUGGUUAUAACGAUGAAAUUUAUGCUUCAUACUUCUUUGUUAACGGUGUAUUAGUUGAACCAAGAUUUACAUUGAAAGUUAAGACAAAAAUAACCGUUGAAGAUGCUAUUAAAAGUAAAGCAGAGAAAGAUGAACUUGACGCAACGAACAAAGUUUUGAAAUCUCAUAAACACAAUAUCUCCGAUAUAAAUGAACUUCAAGCUACAUUAAAUAGUAAAGCUGACAAGAACCAUACACAUGAAUCCUUCACUACUGUUAGAGCAGACGACAUAAUAUUGAACUAUGAUUUGGGUUCAAGUGCACCUUUAGAGAAUCCGAGUACAAGCGUAAAAGAUACACUAAACUCCUUAAAUAACAAAUGUAUGAAUAUCGAAGAUCAUGCCAGAAACUUUGAAGCAUAUGAACUACCAACAAUGUUAGAUAAGAAAGCAGAUAAAGAACAUACACAUAACUCCUUCUCAACUGUUGCUAUAGAAAGUAUUGAAGGAACGGUUGGCGGAACUGGUGGGGAUGCAUUAUAUUAUAAACCUCCUAACUUUCCACAAGGUUUAACAUCGAAUGAAAACAUAACAACGACGAAAGACAUUAGCUGUAAAAAUAUUUAUGUCAUGGAUGAUGAAAAUAAUGUUAAAUUCACUGCUCAAGAUUUAUAUGAUAAGAAAGCCGACAAGAACCAUACACAUAAAUCCUUCACUACUGUUAGAGCAGACGACAUAAUAUUGAACUAUGAUUUGGGUUCAAGUGCACCUUUAGAGAAUCCGAGUACAAGCGUAAAAGAUACACUAAACUCCUUAAAUAACAAAUGUAUGAAUAUCGAAGAUCAUGCCAGAAACUUUGAAGCAUAUGAACUACCAACAAUGUUAGAUAAGAAAGCCGACAAAACUUAUGUAGAUGAAAAUUAUGCAAAGAAGUCGGAAGUAAAUGCUGCGCUUAAUGGAAAAGCCGAUAAAGAGCACGUGCAUGAAGAAUUUCAAACAAUCAGGAUUAAAGAAAUUAAAGCAUACAUUGAAGAAGUAACAAAAACGGGAAGAGACGGUACACCUUUAGUUGAACAAAAUAUUUAUCCUCCUACUUUUCCUAAUGGUUUAAUAACAAACAAUAUAAAUAUUGUAGAUGGCAAAGGAUUUAUAAAUGUUAAACAUGAACUUCAAACAAUGAAGACUCAGAUUCUUGAAACCAUAUAUCCUAUAGGCUCUAUUUAUACGUCAAUGAACGCAACAAAUCCGGCAAGUGUUUUAGGUUUUGGUACGUGGCAGCAGAUUGUAGAUAAAUUCUUAUACUGUGCUAACUCUUCAAAGCAAACAGGAGGUUCGAAGAAAAUUAAAGAAGCAAACUUACCUGCGCACACUCAUACAGGAACGACAAACUUUUCUGGCGACCAUAGCCACUCAUUAAGAGACCACCCAUUAUACAACUCAGACUAUAAAGCUGGCAAUGACGUUUUAUCUCCAUCUUAUAACAAUUCAGCAAAAAAGACUUUUCGACCAACUGAACCAGGAGGAAAUCAUGUCCAUACUUUCACAACAAAUCCAACAGGCUCGGGUGAAGAUUAUAUGCCACCAUUUAUGACUGUAUUCGCAUGGUACC